AUGAAUUAUUUAAAAAGGAAUGAAAUUGAAACCAUCUAUACAGAUGAUUAUACAGAUUUUACGAGACUGAGUGAUUUUGAAAUAUUUACAAAAGAUCUAUUAGUAAGUUUAAGGAAGUUAAAUAUAUUAGAAACAAAAAAGAAAUAUGAAGAUAAAUAUGUUUUUAUAGAUAUUGAAGAAAGAAAAAAGCCAUUGACUCCUCUUGUGUUAACUAUGAAUGUAGAUGAUACUUGUAAUUUUAUAAAAAAAUAUAAUAAAAAAGAUUAUAUAAUAAAAUUAAAUUAUAUAUACUAUCCCCAAAAUAAAUGUCAGAAUAUUAUACCAUUUAGUGGCAGCUCUUAUAACUAUAAUAAGAAUGUAUCAAUUGUAAAUUCCUUUUAUUGCUUACAUGGGAAUAUAAGUUGCCCUGAUGUUAUCAUUUUUCCUUCUCGAACUUUUCCCAUUGAAAAAUUUUUUUUUUUGAAUGAAUAUGUGAAGCUUGAAAUAAUAGAAAAAAAUAAUGUAGAAGGCGAACAAUAUAUGAGUAUAGAGAAUUUCUCAAUCAGUAAUUUGAUAUUAAAUAGUUUAGAACAAGCUCUUAGUGAAGUAAAUAUACAUGUCCCUACGUUUGUUAUUGUAGACAAAAACAGUUAUAUAUAUCAAGGCCAUUUUUUUAUUAGUGAUUAUACUUAUUAUAAAUGUAUGGAUCCUUAUGUUUCUAUUCAUAAAAAAAAAAAUGAUGAUAUAGUUAUUUAUUGUAAUUCAUCCAACAAUAAUAAAUUUGACGAUGAAAUGAUUAGAAGUUUAUGUAGGAAUGAAAAAGGUAAAAAUUAUAUUUCGAUAUAUAAAGGGACUGGAUGUGAAGUAAAUUACCAUUCAUUUAAGUUUUAUAAUUAUUUUAAAGGGUUUAGCUUGGAACACUUAGUAUCAUUAUUUUGUUUAUUUAUUUAUUUGUCAAAUAUAAGAGGAAAAAACAUUUAUAAUAUUAAUGUUUAUUUAAAAUACAUAUACUUCAUUAGUCAGCCAUAUUGUAAAUAUAUAUCAAGAUCUAUAAAUUUAAAAAAUGUGAAAUAUAAAUUAUUAAAAGAUUACGUUAAAAAAAAACAAUUAAAAAAAAAAAAAAAAAAAAAAAGUAAAAUAUAUUUGUUAAGAAAUAAAUAUAGAUUAAAUAAAUAUGAUAAAACCAGUUAUCCAUAUGUGUAUUUAAAUAAUAUAUAUAAUUAUAUUAAAAAUAAUUAUUAUGGUAAAAAAAUAUUUAUGUGUUAUUAUAAAAAAAAAGCACAAACACAAAAUAAGUAUCACCCAUAUAAUAUUAAUCCUUAUGAAUAUAAAAAAAAUGGUAUACAAAAUUAUUUAUAUAAUGUUAAAAAUAAUAUUAUAUAUAAACCCAAUUAUUUUGAAAACAAUUUUAAAAAAGUUAAAAUAUCAAAUAUAUUAUCAGGCAACAUUGAAUUUAAUGAUAUAAGUUGGAUUAAUAAUACUGGUCAUUUUAGUUCUAUAAAUGAUGAAAAUGUUAACUAUUUUCUUGACACAUCCUUGGCGUUUUAUUCUUCGUCAUUAGAACCUGACUAUGAUUUAAUAAAUAAUAUAAAUGAUAAAAAAAAAGUCUACAAAAAAAAAAAACGAAAAACACAUACUUUUGAGGAUAUUAAUAAAUUGUGUAAUUUUGUGGCAAUCCAUAAAAAUUUCCCAAUAUAUGAAAACAAUCCAUAUAUAAGUAUUUCCAUUUUGAAUUUUAUUAGUAACAUGGAAAAUAAAAUUAUGAAUAUUUAUGAGGGUGAUAGAUAUGGGCGGGCACAAAUUGGAAAAAUAAAAAAAAAUAAUAAAAUUAAUAGUGUUUGGAAAAUUAGAUUUAUUACUAGCGAUAAAUUUAAAGGUAAAAAUAGCUAUUUGUUAAAAAAUAUUUUAAAAUUAUAUUAUAAUGAAUUAUUAGGAUUAAAAAGACAAAGAUGCGAGCAUAACAAUAAUAAUAGUGAAAAUAAUAAUAAUAAUAAUAAUAAUAAUAAUAAUAACGAAAAUAAUAAUAAUACAAAAAUGAAAAAUAACGAUUUUUCUUCUAUUCAUAAUUAUGUAGUUAAAUUUAUUUUACUAAAAAAUAUGGAAUGGUUAAAAGAUUGUGAUAUACCUUUUUUUAGUUGCUUUAAUAUUGAUGAUGAACCAACAAGGUAUUAUCUCGAUAAAAUUAUUAACAAUAUGUUUACUAAUAAUAAAAAACAAAUAUAUUACUGGAAUAAUACUACAUAUAGAUAUAGUAGAAAUAACGAUUAUAACGAUAGUAGUAGCGACUACUAUUAUAAUGAUAGUGGUAAUUGUAGUCAAAAUAAUAGUAGUAAUAAUGAAGAUGAAAAAAAAAGUAAUGUAAAAUCUGUGAAACGAUAUAGACUUUUGUAUACAAGUAUGAACGACAUAAAUAACUCAUUUCUUGGAAAAAAAAUUCAUAAUGGAUUUGCUUUAACGAGAGAUGUAAUAUCAAAUGGAACGAGUGGGGCAUUUGAUAUGUCUAUUAAUAAAAAUAGCAAAGAAAAAAACAAUUGUGAACAAAAUGGUGAAAUCGAAACAAACAAAGCUUGUAAUGAAAAAAAAAAUGAGGAUAAUGUGUGUUCCAAUAAAUCUGGAGAAAUAUAUUAUGUGUUAAGUAAAAAUGAUAUAUUUAUAAAACGACGAAAUUUGGGAGCUAAGAAAAAAAUAAAAUAUAUAAAUUUAAAAAAAAUGAAUGAAAAAAAAAAGAAAAAAAAACUCGAAAAUGCAAGAAUUCAAAAACUUGUUAAAGAUUUUUUAUUAAUUAAAGAAAAAUAUUUUUUAUGUCAUCAUGAAGAAAAAAUUUCAAUUUUAUUUUUUUAUUUAAUUAGUCAUUCAAGUAAUAUAAAAACUUUUUAUUAUAUUUGGAAUCAAUUUUUUGAUAAUAUAAGAAAUAAAUAUGAAAAUAAUGAAUAUAUAUAUAAUGAUUAUUUGUAUUUAUCAUAUGGACCUUUAAAUAUUUAUUCCUAUUCUUGUUCAAUAUUAUCGCAAUGUAUAAAAGCUUUAAAUAUAUCAAUACAACAAUAUAAGAUUAAUGAAAUGAGAACAAAACUUAACAAAAAAAAAGAAUUAAAAAUAUCCCCUAGUGCUAAUCAAAUUGACAUACAAAAAGAAAAUCAAAGUCAAAUUCAAAAUAAGAGAAAAAAUGAAGCAUAUUCAGAUUUCUAUCCAAAUUAUUAUAUAAAUGGAGUUAGUAAUAUAACUUCUCAUUUUACUAAAAUGGAGAAUUCAGAAGCAAAUGUAUUCUAUUCAUGUGAAAUGAAAACUUCAUCUGAAAAUAUUAAUUUAACAGAAAAUACGACAUCUACAGAAUCGCUAAUAAUUGCACCGAACCUAUCAAAUGGUUUUUCUAAUAAUAGAAAUAAAAAUGUCAAUUCAAUAUCAUCAUCCAAUGAUAACAUAAGUUAUAUUAACGAAAGUUUCUUAAGUAUAAAAGAAAGUACCGAAUCAUUUACAAAAAAUGUUGAUGUUAUUGAUAUAGGAAAUGAAAAAAAAAGGCAAAGUGUAGAAAAUGAUGUUAUCAAUAAUAAAAUUGAAAAAAAUGAUAAUUUUAGAGGUAGAUAUAGUAGAAAUAAGACAAAUGUUUUUGGAGUUGAAAAUAAAAAUAUAAAACAUAUAAACGAAAUACGUAAGCCAUUAAUGUUGGAAAGUUUUAACAAAAAUAAUCGAAUAUGUUUUAUGGAAAAUACAAUAAUAUCGAAUUUUUUUCCAUAUCCUUUAAAUAAUAUUGAAUUAUUUAUAACUAAAAACAAUGCUAUAACAAAAAAAGUAAAUAGUCAAGACGAUAUGAUAACAUUGAUUUAUGAUAUAUUAAAACAUUGUGAUGAAAAUAUCGAUCUUGUAACUUUUGAAGAUUUCAUAAAAUGGUAUAAAUUAAAUAUAGGAAAAAGGAUAUAUUCAUCACAUAAUGUGUUAAAAUAUUGUUAUAAAUGUAUAAAAAAUAGUUAUUUUAUUAAUAUUGAUACAAAUUAUUUAAAAAAUAUAUAUAAAGAAAUUAAAAUGAAAUAUUAUAAAGAGAGUGAUUAUUUAAAGGUAAUGUUUGAUUAUGUAAAAGAAAAUUAUAAUUAUAUAAAAGAUAUCAAAUGUCCUUUUAAUACAUUUUUUGUUGGAGAAUUAAACUUAGAUAAUUUAUUGAAUUUGAGUAUAUUAGAUUUAUUAGAGUGUACAUACAAAGCUUUUUUUAUUUCUUAUAUUAAUACUAUUAUGAAUUCAAAAUUUAUUUAUAUUAAAAAAAUACAGGAUAUACUUACAAAAAUGUUUAAUAUUAUAAAAAGAAUGCAUAAAAAAAAAAAUUCAAAUAAUUUUUUAAAGCUACUUAUAGAUGAAAGUAACAAAUCAUUCAUGUUAAACAAAAAAUCGAAUUAUUAUAGUUUUGAUCAUUCUUCUUUUGUGAGAAAUUACAAAACGAGCUCUUCAAACUAUCCAGCUAGGAUUAUCAGGUUCAGCAGUAAUAGCAACAAUAAUAUGUUGGGUUGCCCUUUGAGACAUGAUUUUGUAGUAUCGGAAAAGUAUGAGAAUGAUUCUAAGGGAACGAAUGUACACACGUUUGUUGGAAAUGAUGAAAAUGAAAGUAACAGUAUUGAUAAAUAUGAAAACCUGAACGAGUCAGAAAAAGGUAGCAGCGUGUAUAUGGAUAUAGUAUACAAUGAACAAAACGAAAAUAAUAGAAAUUAUUUUAAUAUUAAUAAAGAAGAAAAUUACUUUAAAAAUUAUUAUACUGAACCUGAGAAAAAGAAAAAAAAAAUGCCAUAUAGUGAUACAAACUUUUCGUCAGAUAUUAAAAGGAUUUAUAAAAAAAGAUAUAAAAUAAUGUUUAAUAAAAAAUUAGUUACAUUAUUUGAAAAAUGUGAACAGUUAUUUAAUAAAGCAGUUUGGCUGUUGAAACGUUUUAGCAGUAAACUAAAUGAAAAAAAGGUUUUAAAAUUAAUAGAUAUAAUAUUUGAAUCAGAAGAAAAAGAGGUGAUUAUUAAACCAAAAUAUGAAAAAUAUUUUUAUGACUUUUUAAAAAGAUUAUAUAUAAAUGAAAAUAAUAAAAGUAAUAUUUUAGAAAAAAAAAAUAAUAUAAAUUCGACAAUUCAUAGGAUAAAUAAAUCAAUUGCAUCAAAACAUAUUCAAAGGGGCUUAAAAGGAAGAGUUCAAAAAAAAAAUAUACACAGUAAUGUUAAUACUAAUGGUAAUAAUAAUAACAAUGUUGGAUAUAUAUAUAAUAAUAAUUUAAAUCAAAAUGUUGAUGUAUCUUCAAAAAAUAAAAAAAAUGAAAUAUUAUCAUCUCAAAUAAAUGAUAAAAAUAGCAUGAUUAACAAUGAUAAGUUAUCUUUAUUGUUAUCUGAAAAUAAUAAAGAACAAAAUAUCGAAUGCAUUAUUGAUUAUGUCAAUUAUAAUUUUGACGAUAAAAAUUAUGACAAACCAUCCCGUAUGUAUUGUUCUAUAAGCGAACUUAGUUCAACUGUUUCGUUUAUAAAAAUGUCAUCCAUUUUGUGA